AUGAUUUCAUCAGCACAAGGGUCACCCUUUGAACGGGUGCAAUCCCAUUGUUCCAGGACUAUAAAACCCCAAGGAUUUUUAGAGAACUCACCAUCACAACAUCCAUCAGGACUAAGAAGCUCAGGACACAAGGUAAAUCUCGCCCAACCUGCAACCAUGAAAUUCUCCCUCAUCGCCGUCCUUGCUGUAGCUCUGGCAAUUGGAUCUAACAUUUCUGUUCCUAUUCCAGGCUCUGAGUCAGCAUCUCUGGUCAAGAGAGACGCUUCUGCCGAGCUGGAGAAGAUCGCCAAGUACUUCCAGGAUCUCGUCGACAACCUGAAGAACGUCGAAGGCCCUGAGUUGGCCAACAAGGCCAACGCUUACUUGGAGAAGAGCAGAGCCCAGUUUCAGCCCAUGGUUGAGAAGCUCCAGGAGCAGCUGAAGCCCCUCAGCAACAUUGAAGACCACAUCAAGCCUCUGGCCGCCUCCGUUCAGGCUCAGGUCGCCCCCCUGGCCGGCAUGGUCCAGACUCACGUUGAAGAUGUCCUCAAGUUUGUGGCUGACAAGAGCAAAGCCAUCCUGCCUCCUCAGUAAAACCACAGGAAUUCUUCUUAGUUAUCUUCCAUUUUGUUCUCUUUAUGUGUAUUUAAAAUAACAAUAAAAGUGAUUUAAAGAUCAAUGCUAAAUCUCCUUCUUCUUUUUUUCUCACAAACUGUUUUUUUCUUUGCACAUUUCACAUGCAUUAAAUGCAGAAGCCAUUUUGUAUUUCUUGUGCUACUACUAGGACCUCCAUAAAAUGAGGGAAACUGUCUAAAGACAUUUUUGAGUUGACAAAUCUAAAAUUAUUUAAAGCAAAUGUUCAGGAGGAAGCUUGUCUUUAAUUUUCCUGAUAUUUUUAAAUGCAACCCUGGAUCACAAAACCAGUCAUAAGCAGCAUGGGUAUAUUUGUAGCAAUAGCCAAAAAUACAUGGUAUGGGUCAAAAUGAUUGAUUUUUUUUUUUAUGCCAAAAAUCAUUAGGAUAUUAAGGAAAGAUCACCUUCCUUGAAGAUACUUUGUAAAUUUCCUACCGAAGAUAUAUCAAAACUUCAUUUUUGAUUAGUGAUAUGCAUUGCUAAGAACUUCAUUUGGACAACUUUUAAUGCGAUUUUCUCAUUAUUUUGAUUUUUUUUGCACCCUCAGAUUCCAGAUUUUCAAAUAGUAUCUUGGUCAAAUAUUGUCCUAUCCUAACAAACCAUACAGCUUUCAGAUGAUGCAUAAAUCUCCAUCUAAAAACAAUGGACCCUUAUGACUGGUUUUGUGGUCCAGGGUCACAUAUUUAUAUAAAGUACC